AUGCAAAUAGCUUCUACAAAUAUUUGUGAAAGACUGUGCAACAAGUCCAUCUGUGAAAUUUCCUUGCUACUAAAUAUUCCACGACCAACUGCUAGUGGUAUUAUAACAAAGUGGAAGCAACUGGGAGCAACAGCAACUCAGCCAUGAAGUGGAAGGCCACUUAAAUUGACAAAGCGGGGUCAGCUCAUGCUUAGCACACAGUGCACAGAAGUUGCUAUCUGCAGAAUCAAAUGCUAAAGAUCUCACAAACUUUGUGUAGCCUUCAGAUUAGCACAACAAAAGAGAGCUUCAUGGAAUGGGGUUCUAUGGCCAAGCAGCUGCAUCCAAG